CGGCCGCCGCCGGGGCACAGCCCGGCCCCGCUCGCCCUGCGGCCGCGGAGGAUGCCAUGGUCCCCUCUGCCACCGCCCUGGCGCUGUGCCUGGCGCUGCUCCUCGCCUGCCCCACGCACGGUGAGGAGCUGGCCGGGCCCCGCUCCGUGCGCUUCGUCGUGGAGAUGGGGAGGAACCUGCUGAGGUGGGAGCCGGGGCACGGCUGCCCCAGCAACGCCAGCUACGACGUGGAGUACAUAGUCUACGGCUCCAGAAUCCCCUGGACAGCCAUCCCGGAGUGCAGCAACACCUCGGAGCACUCCUGUGACCUCACGCACUACACCCCGGACCCGAAGCAGCGCUACCACGCGCGGGUCAGGGCCGUGGCCGGGAACAGCACGUCCUCCUGGGAAAAGACUGGCAGCUUCUUCCCGCAGCAAGCUGGCCUUCACCUGGCCAGCCAGAGCCUCUCCGUGGUGGGCAACUCCAUCCAGGUGCGGCUGCAGCUGCUGCUCCGCUCCGGGAACAGCACCCUGGAGUACAGCGACUUCCAGAAGGAAAUGACCCGCUGCCACGUGUACCUCAGGAGGACACGGGACAACCACACGAUCACCGUGGUGAAGAACAGCACCGAGUUCAGCAUCGGCAAGCUGUUCUGGCUCACAGAGUACUGCCUGAGCGUGGAGCCCAGCCUGGCCAACUGGGCCGUCCCCGCCGCGCGCUCGGGCGAGCAGUGCGUCACCACCGGCCACAGGGACAGGAGUGCGGAGCUUCUCCCAGACAUCCUCAGCUCCUCCUUCAUCAUCCUGUCCUUGCUGGGCCUCCUGGGGGCUCUGCUGGUGUGUACCUACACCAGGAAACCCGUGAGGACACCGUCUGCCCUGAAGUCCCUCAUGAAGCAGAGCUCGCUCUGGGGGGAGCAUGAGCCCCCCUCCUGGGGCAGCCUGGAUGCAGACCCCGUCCAGCAGCUCUUCCUGUGGCAGAAGGAGCCCCAGCCGGGCAGCAGCCCUGACGGCAGCACCAGCACGGCCCAGCUGCCCCUGGAGCAGGGCUGGAAGCUCCCAGCGUGGCCCAAGGACCAGCUGGGGCCCACGGGGAGCAGAGACAGCAGCGGCACCAGCACCGACAGCGGCAUCUGCCUGCACCUCCCUUCCUCCUCCUCAUCCUCCUCCUCCCUGAGCUGCUCGGCGGACCCCCAGCCCCAGGGCUACAGGCAGCAGCUGCCCACGGCUGAGGACAGCGGGGUGGGCUUGGAGAGCCCCUGCCCUGCUGCUGCCUGCUCCUCUGGCAGCGGGAAUGCCAGCCCAGGGCUGUGCCCUGGCACCGGCCAGGCAGAGCUGCAGUUCCGGGGCUACCUGCAGCAGUCCAAGGGCACCGUGGAGCCAGAGCGGGCCCCGGGGGAGGCAGAGCCCCCCUCGGGCUGGGCAGGCUCCGUGCAGGGCCCGGGCAGCAGCGACACCGCGCUGGACGUGGAGUGCCCCGAGCUGGCCGUGUCCCAAGGGUAUCUGAAGCAGUGCUCCCCCGAGCAUGCCCUCACACGGGACCUGGCUCCUUGGGGAGCCCCUGCCUGCGACUUCCCCAGGCAGGCGGGGCCCCCAGCGCCCACCCUGCUGAGCUGGGCAGCCCCGGCUGCUCCAGUGACCUGCAAAGGCAGCCCCGAUCUGAGAACUCCCUUCGAGCUGAGCCUCUUCAGCAACAGCAACACUGCCCUCCUGGGGACGCUGCUGUCCCCCAGCCUCAGCCCCAGCUGGAUCACCCUGCCCACCGUGCCCCCGGGCCAGCUCAGCGGGGACAGCAAGGACAGCCGCCUGUGACCCGUGCCCGGGGGCCACCAGCCCCGGGCUCUGACCCAACUACCUCGUCUGCCACUGGAUAAGCUACUGCUGACCCUGACCGCCCAGGCUGCCAGGCCCAGGAGCACCAGCUCAGCCGCUGCGGGGCUGCUGUGCCCCCGUCCUGCCGUGGGCACCCCUCCAGCAUCCCCAGCGAACGGGAGCAGGGAUGGGCUGUGCUGGAGGGGCUCCUCCCGACCUCCUUGUGCCACCCAGGACACCUCUGCACCCCAUGCCCUCCUCAGCAGCCCAGCACGGGGUGCAGGGCUCCCCUUGGGGCUGGGCUGGUCCCGUGCUUCACUUCCCCUUGCCUGGCCAGCCGGGCUCCUGUGCUGGCGUGCCCGUGCUGGUGUCAAUCCCAGCCUUUCACAACGCUGCGGGCACAGGGCAGGCUGGCACCAGCUCCCUGCUGCUGGCAGCUCGGGGCUCCUCCUCUGCCUGACCCCACGUGGAUGGACCAAGAGACUCUGCUGACCCUACGGAGACCCCUCAGCAGCCAGCCCCUCUGGGAGAGCCCCAGGGCAGGAUCCGGGAUGCACCCAGAGCCCGGCACGAGCCAGGGCAGCCCCACCCACACUAUGGUCUGUGCUCUGCCACUGUGGGACGCAGACAUUAUUUAUUUGUUUCAUUUGUAAAUACAGAAAGGACGUGGUGUUAUUUAUUUGAUCCUUUUGUCUGUCCAUCCUCUCCCAAGGCCAAGCUGAGCUUCCUGUUUCCACAUUUGGACGUUCCCCAUCAGCACGGGGCAAUGAGCCUUUGCCUCGUGUGGGGAGGAGCAUUUCCACAUCACAGCUGGGACAAGGAGAACCAAGCCACUCUCCAGGAGCUCCUGGGGAAUUUGUGGGGGCAAUCACCACAGGAGCAGCAGGGAAAAGGAGCUGGGCUGCUCCCAGCGAUCCCACAGGGAUGCCCACCCCAUGGGAAGGACAGGAGGACAAAUCCAACCCAGGGGGGAGGAAAGAAAACAGUCAGGGCUCUGCUCAGCCACGCGGUGCUCAGCCACAGGUUGGGCUCCAUGAUCUCAGAGGCCUUUUCCCAACAAAUUGAUUCUGUGAUGCUGUGACCAGCUGUCAUCAGGACAGAAACAGGAUGAGCCCCAGCCCUGGGUCACCCUCCAGGUGUGAAGGAAGUUUUUCCAAAAGUCACUCCAUUUCCAGGAACCCUCAGGGUGGGAAGUAAAACUGCUGGUGGAAACUCUCCUCGGGGAAUGUGGUUUUCUGGUGAAGGGUUUGGGGUUUAUUUUCAGGUUUUCCAGCGCAGGGAGGAGGAGAGGGCUGACCCUUGCUGCGUUUCCUCCUCUUACAUCUCCCACGUGAGAUCCAGCCCUGCAUCCCACGGGGAGGUGGAGGGCACUGGGAGCCUCCUCCUGCCCCUCCACUGGCCCCAUCUCUUCUGCCUCUGCGUAAUUUGGGGGCUAGAACUUUUUGCUUUCUUUUUUUUUUUUCUUUCAACUUCCUCUGGAAAUCAGAGUCAUCAAAAGCAUGACACUUUUUUUGUUGUUUUUCUUUUAAACGCCGCUGACGUCGGGCCCCACGGGCGGAUCCUGCGUCACGCAGGGCUCUGCUGGUUCCUGCUCCCCACGGAGGGCUCCCAGCCCCCGGGAGAUGGCAUUUCCCCCUCUCCUGGGCAGGCAGAGAUCUCCUUCCAGCCAGGAGAAAGCUGCAGACCACAGGGUUUAGCUUCGAUGGCCGAGAGCAGAGCCGCUCCCUCUGACUCCCUGGAAAUCCCACUCUGUCCUACACACGUGGCUCUCGUGAGUUUUUCUUUUUCUUCUGAGAGAAAGUUGCAAAGAAAUGAAUCCCAAGGCCCCCUCCAGCCCUGCUGGCCAAGCAGAGCCCCUCUCUGUGACCGCAGAACGUCCCCACGGCUGUUCCUGUGCUCCAGGAACUUCCACAGCCGCUUGUUCUGCUGGGACCGAGGGCAACUGGCCCUAAAAAUCCAGGAGGAACUUCCACAGGGGCUUUCUGAGGCGUCUCCUUGCACUGGGAGUGUGGAGAACCAGCUUCCAUGUUGGUGGAUGGAGGAGGAGGAGGAGGAGGACUGAGACAGAUUUCCCGUUUCCCCGCGGUGUUUUCCGAAGUUGCAGAAAUCCAAUCAGCCAGUUCUGAGCUCCUCCUCAGCUGCUUCCCCGAGGAACAGCCUGCUGCCAGCUCUCUGGGUGUGCAGGAGGCUGCGAGGCCUCUGAGCCGUGGGGAACGUGGCUGUUUUCUCCAGGAUGUUGAGGAAUCCUGGGAUAAGCUGCAUCCUCUUCCUCCACGCCAAGCCCAGUGCUGUUCCAGGCACCUCCUGUGCCUGAGAACUGCAGGUGGAGGAGAUGCCCAGGGAAUUGUGGAGUUUCCCUCUCUGGAGAUGCUCCAAACCCACCUGGGUGUUCCUGUGUCACCUGCUCCAGGUCACCUUGGGCACCAGGUGGUCCCAGAGGUCCCUUCCAGCCCCAAGGACUCUGUGAUUCUGGCAAGUUUUUUUAGCAACAGAAACUGCGCCGUUUCCAUUUCGGUUGGAAUCCAAAAAUUGCAGGGGCUGUUUCUUACAGAAGUGAAAACGGAGGAAUUCCCCCUGGUUGCUUUUUCUGUUGGGGCUGGGCUGAGAGUAAGAGGCAGGGAGAGGAAGCUCUGCAAGAGCACCCAGGCUCCAGCCCCAUCCCUCUGUGCCCGGCCACAUGUCCCAUGCCAGGACAGCAGGGAAGGAAACACAACCAAAACCUGUGAGGGGAAAAACCCAACCCAGAGCUCAGGGAAAGCCUCUGAAGGGCCAGAGCCACAGGCAGGGCUUGUGCUGAAAAACCUGGGCACUGCCCUGAGGAAAGCUGUGGUGGCCAGGGGCUCCAGGAGCACAGCACUGGGGAGCAGGGGCACCAGGGGAUGUCCUUCCUACCUGCCCAGCAGCCCAGCUGCCACCUCACGGCCUCUGCUUGUGGAAGGGCUCGUAGCCAGUGCCCGAGGUGCCCAGCGAGCCGCUGAUGCUGAACGGGGGCACCAGCUCCAGUGCCACCGACCCCAGCCCGCUGCAGGGACAGCAGGGGGGUCACCACGCUGCCCACCCCCAGCCCCUGCCAGCAGCAGGACCGGGCGGGGAGGGGCUGUGGCACCUCGGCACAAGGAGAGCUGUGCCUGGUCCCCCCGGGGUGUCACUCACCGCGAGUGGUACAGGCUGAACACAAAGUCAGGCCCUGGGAGGCACGAGGGAGAGGAGGGAGGGGUGUCAGGGCCCCCCUUUGCUUUGCCGGGAGUAGCAGGCUGGGGACAGGCGGGACAGGCAGCAGGACAGCAGCAGGACAGCGCUGUGC